GUAGAACGCACCCUAUUUUGUAUUCCAAACAAAACCAAAUGGUCUUCUAAGUUCUAACCCUUCCUUUGUUUGUUCAAUCUCGUCAUUGAUAUCUACAACCCCCCCUCGUGAUUUUCACAUUCAAUAUAUAUACAUAUACUAAUCACAUUUCCUGCAAUAUCUCCUGAUCUGUUAGUUCUCACCAAACAAUUCAUUCCAAAACCGGCCGCCAUGUUUAACCAAUCUGUGUGCCUCCUUUCCCCUUUCACUCUCUUUCAACUAAUAUUAACGCUUCACCCUUCUUUCUUAAAUUCUAAUUAUUGUAAUUCUUUGUAGGAUCAUCAUCAUCAAGAUCUUCUUAAUGGUUGGCCCCUUGGACUUCAGGUGAUGAACACCACACUUCGAUUAAUGGCUGAUUCAGGAACACACAGAUUACCAUCUACCGAUCCUUCCCCUGAUGUGCUCAUUCCUUCGUUCAGUUUCUCCUCUCUCUCUUCCUCUGAACUCGACACUCUGUCAACGGCCUCCUUCUUUCAAGACCACAGCGUAUCGCUUGGACGGCUGAUUGGACUAAAGCCGGCCGACAAGAAGUGGUUGUACAUCCCGACCGAGGAGAAAAAGAGUGUGACGGCUAAUUCUGCUGGCCGCCUAGAUGAUUCCAAAACGAAGGCCGGUGAACAUGAAAUAUCGGGACGAAUAAUCUGCAUUCCGAUUGUGAUUGGUGUGAUAUUGAAGAUGAUUAGAAGUCGGAGAAAUUCCAGCAGUUGAAGUGUAGUGUUGGAUAAAUUAUUCCUUAGCUUCGACCUGAUUUUUCAGAAAUUUGUUAUGAUAGGAAGAUUAUUGAUUCUAGUAAAUCUUUUUUUUUUUUUUUUUGCGUUCGUUAAUUUUCUUGGAUUUUGAAACCUGCGUAGAACAGUUUCAAAGUCUAAUCUACCUCAAGAGUAUAAAACAAAAUACGGAAGCGUUUGAGAUUUCA